AUGCCCGCCACGCCAACCAUGAUGGUCGCCGCACCCUACGAGAUACGGACGGGCGGCGAUGGCAAGACCAAGAAGCAGAGCAUGGCCGAGCUCAAGCUGCGACGUCUCACCGAGCUCAACCAGCGCCUGCGAGAAGACCUGGAACGACGCAGGAUACCCGUGUCCGAGGCUGCACUAGAUCUGAUUGCCUUCACGGACAAGGAGCCCAAGGACUGGAUGGUGCCAUCACGAUGGGGAACGAUCGACAAGCGCGACGAUCCCUACGCGCCACAGCAGAGCAACGGCUGCUGUGCCGUAAUGUAA